AUGGCGACCUCUACGAAGGAAGUGGACUGGAACAUGGAAGCCCCAAGAUGCUCCAGUUGGAUUGAAGGCGACAGGGUAGCUCAGUCAAGCGACGAAGAGGACGGAGACGAAGAUGACGGAGACGAGGAUGAAGACGAGGACAACGAAGACGGUGAGAACGAGGACGAGGUGCUCCAUCAAACUAGCCACACCUCCCGCAUGGAAGUCAUGCCCAACUCCCAGGGAGCAAAUCAUGACACCGGGGCGAGGAGCAUUCAGAUCCCAGAUUCAAACCUCACAUCAUGGGACACGUGGGCCGCGCGUAGUAUCGUCUCUGCCAAUUCCAUGGAUGAUAAGGCGCAGCCCAUAUCCACGGACAACUUGGCGAUCGACAGGGCGAAUCACAUGCAAUACCAGACUCUACUCGGGCUGAACAGCCCUUCUCAGUACCCGACACCAGGGGAAAGCUACUUCUACAACGUUCCGGAACCAGGCGUAAUGAACACGAGUUUGCCGAAAAGCAUAUAUGACACCAGUCCCAUAGAUAUAAACCUCACUACUUCGCUGAGCACCUUUCACACCCCGUCCCAGCCCGCGACGGCCCCAUCUACCCUCAGCAAUAUGACAGGAGCAGAAGCAAGUCCUGCUCAGGCUUCUUCAGCGGACGUGGCUGCCAGCAAGAGCACAAGUAUAAGCGCGGGCACGAGCCCCAGUACGAGUCCCUCGACUCAGAGCUUAGACUUUCAAUCGACAAUUAUGUAUCAGGUAUCUAUCAGCAUGGCGUGCACACGCGCACAGUUGGACGCCAACAUGGUCCUUCUAGUCGGCAUGGGGACAAGUGUGACGAUACAGAUUGAUAAAAAGUCAUAG